AUGGCGGCUCUUCUGGAAUUGGCCCAAGAAAGAAUGAAACCUGAAACUCCAAACGUUGAUGAAACGAAGACAAACGUAGAAAAUAUUUCUUCCCCGGUGAAAUCGAAUCAGGAAUACCAAUCAUUGAAAGAUAUUUGGAGAAAAAUGGGAACUGCAGAUUCGCAUUCCACUCCCACCAAUAAUAGAAAGACUCGAAAAAGUGCAAAAAAAUCCACAAGAUCAAGUUCAGGAAAAAAGCGUGUAAACGGGAAACUUCUUCGUUCUGAGAAAGAGAAGGAAACUCAACAAUCCCGAAUAUCACUUGGAAAAUUUCGUCGUACCAAAUCCUCAACCCUCGUCGAACUCGCGAAAGAAAAUACUCCUCCAUUCUUAUUAAAAAAGGAAUUUGAUUCCGCGCCCAAUUCUCCAUCUUCAUCCGAUCAAAGCCCUCCUUCGAGUCCUCUGAGUAGAAUGUCUGAAACCCCUAUUACUAACUAUUUUCGUUAUAUGGGUAUUAGACACGGUAGUGCCCAUUCUCCGACGAAGUCAGAAAAACAUUGCGACAGCGCUGUCAUGAAAUCUAUUGUUGAUGAUGAUGACGAUGCGAUGGUUACUUCAGCAGAAGUUACUCCUUAUAAUUACAACCGCGCCAUUUUAAAGUCAACAAAUUCUUCGAAAUUCACCCCUUACAACAAUAAUGGAAUUGUUGUGUUAUCGGACGACACGGACGAUUGUAAAAACAAGAUAAUCGUAAUCACCGACGAUGAGGACGAUAUGACGAUUAAUUCACCUUUACCAAACUCUUUCCAACAGGUUAAAAGGAAAACCAUGAGAGAUUCGAUGAAUAUUCGAACGACUCGACAUCUCGCUCUUUCAUCUACUCGGAAACACGUGACUCCUCCUAACAAAACUGAGGGAAUAGCCGGAUAUUUUAAUAUCGAAAAGGGAAAGCAUAGGAGGUCAUCGAAACUGAUAACAGAAGACACCUUGGACGAUGCAUCGCCGGCAACGUUACGUAUUUUGGCUGCUAUGCGUCAUAUUGACAAAGGCGACGAGAUCUCGUUUAGUCAAUACACAAUGGAAAAUGUAAGUAUCUCGAUUCAUUUGUUGGUGAUAUGA